UGGAGUUUCUGGAAUAACACCAAAUGAAGAACUCUGGCUUUCACAGCCAAGCUGUCACAAGAGAGAACUGCUCCCACGCAGCCUGCUCGCCCCAGCACAGGCAGCUCCCAGCACCUCCAUCACUGUGGGAGCAGAGUUGGGAAUGCCUUGGCCAGGCAAACGUGUGGGCAGAUGCUAUCAGGAAAGAGGGAGGAAUGUCCUGGCAGAAGCAGGAUGCUGUGUGAGGGCAGUGGAUGCAAACAAGACCUGUUACACUGCAGCAGCCUUCUCCCCUGUGAGAACCAGAGCUGCCUUUGGUUGCUUUGUGCACCAGGUUUUAUCACAAGCAGGUCCCUCUGGGCACUCAGCGUGCCAGGUGAAGGCAGGUACUGCAACACCCGCCCUCAGUGAUCAGUUAGCAAUGACAGCUCAGCUGCUUCAUCCCAUGGUUCCUCAGAAGCCAGCAUAGACAUAGCUGUGAAAACACAGACACAGGUCCUCUCCAUGGGGGCAAAGGCUUUCAUUACCGUGUGAACUCCUCUCUGCCACCACAGGGCUUUCUCCUUCCCACCUUCAUCCCCAAGCCAUGCAGUUCACUCCAGCAGGAUAGGGCAGAGCAGAGCCUUUCAGUCCCCAUCGUAUCUGCCCUCAGGGAGGCCAAGGAAGACCCAGGAGAACCUGCCUUGUGCAGCUAUGUACCAUUUACCUGGCUGUGCACUGCCCCCCUGCCAGGGGAUGUUUCUGCCCUUGAAGAACCCAGGCCCAGCAGUAGAAGCUGCAGCAUGCCCUCUGGAUGACACAGACCUGUGACUGCAGCCCCACAAAUCCCCAUUCCCUCACCCCUAGCUCCUGGUGCACCAGCCCAGCACAGGGACAUGAAGGCUGGCCUGGCCCUCACAUGCAGCACUAGGGAUUUUACUACAGGGAAAAUAAUAACAGGGCUGUCACCCAAAAGCUGCUCUAGUACUGCUAUAACCCUGUAAUUACCUCAACUCGAGGCAUUUUCAGUGAUCAUGUGCUGGAGAGGCUGUGUCCCCAGGUGCUCCACAGGCAGGUCAGGAUGAGGAAGACUCCUAACAAGGGAGGGAACCUUCACAGUGUUUCCUAUUUCCUCGUAAGCUGGUGGCUGGAAUGAGGAACAAGGAAGUCCCCGUGCUUCAGCUAUAGCAUUUUCAAGGGGAUAUGCAGAGGCAGGGGCUGGUUGGCAUCAGUUCUUGGGCACAGAACUGAGGUACACCAGGCUGCUGUGAAGCAGAGGGCCCACUGACCCCCCAGCACUUACUACAGCCAGUGCUGUGCCCCCAGAGUCACAGAUCUCAAUUGUUUGAGGUGAGGGGACAGGACAGCCUCUCUGAAAGUCCCACCACAGCAAUGAACACUAUUGAAGGAAGAAGCCCUGCUUACAUCAGGCUGCUCCUUAUUGAAAAACAAGGUGGGUUUUUCACUAACAAUGAAGUGAAAAAUGCAUGCUGAAUGACAGAGCUACAAAGGAGCAGGGUAAAGCAGGGAGGUAGGAAAACAUAGAUAGAUAGUGAGAGCCAGCAAGAAGGAAAAUCAAUUCUUAUUGCGGUAGAAGAAAACCACCACACUCAUAGCACUCAAACUGGCUAAAAUUAUCAUUUGAGCUGUUGCUGAUAUGAUCUGGCAUUGAGAUUUUGGUGAAAUGUGGGGCACCUGAGUGGCAUCAACCUGGGCUGCCCACCUGGGGAAGGAGGAGCCCUGUGGGGGUACCUGGGCAGUCACCAGUGAUCCCUUCUUGAGCUCACCCCUUGAUGGGCACCAGAGCAGUUCUCUGCCUCUGGUAGCAGGUGGGGGUGGGCAGCUGGAGCUGCAGAGCUCAGCCAAGGGCUCUGUGCGUGGGACUUGGAUAAGAAGCCCUUUCUUUUCCACCAAGAACACUCCAGCUCCUUGCUAACUGAUGCAGGUGCAGCCUCUGCAAUGCAGCAUUUCCACUGUACUCUUCCCCAGCUGAAGCCCACUGUGCCAGCAGACUGUUUGCUAAAUCACUUGCAAGUUUAAUACACGUAUUUCUGAUGUGGCUGAGGCCUGUAUUUUAACCUUGGCUGCACCCAUUACAUCAGAACCUGUUCCUGCCCUGAACGGGUCCCAUUCAGAUGGAAAAGCAGGGCCAAGGCAGAAAGCUGACCAUAAACUGGGGAUGUUCUCACCGGGAUAACUGUUCUCCAGGAGCACUGAAAUCAACGACGAUAUUAACUGCUAUGGAAGCGUGCAGAAUUGCUGAAACAGCGCUGGGAAACGCAUGGUGGGGGAUUUCAUCCUGAAACGCCCAUCGGACGUAAAUAACCCUCUCAGAGGCCUGAGAACGAAGCUAUGCAGUGCCUGGCAGUUUGAGCAUCAAGCUGGGAUGUGGAAACGAGCCCCGCGGCAAAACGGUGACAGCUGGGCUGAAAUUGUAGCCAGGCCACUGCCGCCUACACGGCCCGGUAGCUAAAGGAACUAAACCUGCCUCUGUAUAAGGCCCAUUCACCACAGAUUGGGAUGCGCCGUUACUUCAUUGACCUCUUGACCGUCCUCAGCAACCGUUGCAAUCUCUGCCCUACAGCCCGGCACCUCGCUAUCUACUUACUGGACCUCUUCAUGGAUCGCUAUGAUAUCACUGUCAAGCAACUGUACAUCACCUCAUUUGCUUGUCUUCUCCUAGCAAGUAAAUUUGAAGAGAAAGAAGAUCAAGUUCCAAAAUUGGAGCAUUUAAAUAACCUGGCAUACAUGUGCAAUGUGAAUGUGGUAUUGAGCAAGAAAGAUUUGCUUAGAAUGGAAAUGCUGCUUCUGGAAAACUUCAACUGGAACCUGUGUAUACCAACAGCAGCGCACUACAUUGACUACUACCUCUAUGCAUCUAUUGGUGAGAAUGACCUUCACAAUGGCUGGCCGAUCACCUCACUAACCAAAGUCAAAGCGUUUAUGGAAAAAUAUGCAUAUUAUUUCCUUGAUUUCUCAGUCCAAGAUCACAGUUUCCUUCAUUUUCGUCCAUCUCUGAUUGCUGCAGCUUCUGUGUGUGCCUCACGCAUCUGUAUGCAGAUCUCUCCUGCCUGGACAACGCAGCUUGAAUUGCUCACGUGUUACUCCUGGGAGCACCUUGCCCAAUGCAUUGAAAUGAUGCUCAUAUAUUAUGAGAACGACAUCAAAGAAGCCAGUAGUAUAAAAAAAGAGGUAACGAUUCACCAUGAGCAACAGGAAGUAAUGGAAAGCCUGAGACAUGAAGCCACUGCUCAAGUUGUGUUUCAGCAAUCUAGUUACCAUCCUUUAGCCCAGCAUCCAGCAAGUCUUUCCCAGUUCCAGUCACCAGUGCAGGAUUUGUGCUCUGCUUAUCGUGACUCCUUACAGGCACACAGGCCCAGUGCUCUGCUUGCUGGGAGUGCUGACAGCUCAUUGCACUCCUAUGCUGCCCUUCAGGCCAACCUGCAGCCGUCUGCCCAGACUCUGCAUGUCCAAAUGCCUAUUGCUGUGCAGGUGGCCUUAGGAACGGAGCCCAGCCGCUGCAUUUCCAUGGCUUAUGGUAGUAGUUACUUCAGUGGUUGCCAUUCCUAUCCAGCUGGGUGUUUUGAUGGAUAAAUAUCAGCGCAAGAAAAAGGUGACACGUGUGAAAGCUGAAGAAAAGACCCUGUGAUUGAUAAGGAGCGUGUAGCUGAAUGAGAGCUGUGAAGGAACAGAAUCCUUACGUCUUACUCAUCCACACGACAUGGAUCUGGAUCCGUUGGUCACUGGAAGCCGGGUGCCUUUGCCAAGGAUUGUACCUUUCUCUCUUAAUAAGAGAAAUAGAAAUGCAGUAACAUACCUCAUGAAAUGUAACUUUAGAAGGCACGUGCAUAGUAACUCUGCGGAGAUUACUACUUUCUAGUUCUCACUUUAUUGACUAUGAAUCUGAGUUGGCUGAGAGCUUGUGUUAAAGUCUUAUUUCAGGCUAUAGAGCGUGCCUUGAAUUGCUGGUUAAGUAGCAAUGUUCUUGGAGGAUGUUAUUUCAAACAGAUUGCUCUCUUUCUCUCCCGGGGAUGUGACUUUUGAACAGUGGCAGAUUAUACUAAUGGAAGCUUCUACAAAGAGUAUCCUGCAAUGUGGAUGCUCUUUGUUUCUGCAGAAGUUGAUGCACUGAACGCUUCAGUUUUCUUUGACCUGGAGUGGCAGUACAGGAGUAAGACUGUGCAGUAAAAGGAACAAAGGCUGGAAGACUAUCAAAUAAUCUUUGUCUUAAAAUCACCUUGGAAACAAGAUGUGAUGCUACUGAACUGAAUGCAGAACACCGCUCUGCCUUUGCUUAUUUGAAACAAACAAACGGAAACAUUAAGAAGUGUAAGUGAUCUUGGAACUUAAACGUGCUGCUGCUUUUUGAGACUGGAGAUUAUAGAUAGUGAAACUGUUUACAAGCUUUAUCAGGGAUUUAAUGUUACUUGAAGAAAUCUUCUUUGAAAAACUCUCAAAAACUUCAUCCCGUUCAGUUAUUUUAUAGUUUGGGCUCAACAGUUUGUGGCAGUAGUUCAAUUUUAGGACAGAGAAACUGCUGGUAAUGUGGGUGGAGAGAGGGAACUGGUUAACUUUGUUGGGAAAUUGGUUCAGUUACAGCACAAGGCAAUGCUGACUUAGUUUCCUUGAAUAUCACCUUGGUUCUCUUGGCAAAUGUAGCCAAGAACGAAGUGCAGAUCGUGUAGUACUUUGUAAUGAGACGCACCUACUGUCAGAUACCCACGUUUCCUUUUCAGUUGAGAUCAGAGAAGAUUGUUGAGGUUUUGUUUGUUUAACUGCAAUGUGGGUAUUACAAGAAACAGACUUCUGAAAUGUGAGACCUUUAGUUUUGAUACUCAACCACUGUCAUGUUUUUCUUCGAAGGCAAUACUGUUGGACUGUCCUUUUUCCUUAAGGACCUCAGGACUGCAGUACAAGUAAUGUGCAAUAUGCUUUGUCUGACUCAGAGCAGCUUUUCCGAGUCAUGUGUCGAUGUUGUUUUAAAUUAUAUUUUCAGAGACUUGUUUUUAAGGGUGUUUAAAGGUGGAGGAGGGGGGGAAAUUAGCCUGCAUGCUGAUGUGUGCUUUUGUAACCAUCUUCUGAGAAUGCAAUGUUUGGUGUUAAGCAAAUGAUUUCCUGCAUUCAGCAGGGCAGGGGCAGUUUGUUUAGUUCAUUUACAAAAGGCAAACUGUAAAGGAAGAGGCAUUUCUCUUCAGAAAUGGAUCUAGAAGUGUAGAGAACUUACUUAGUUCAUCUUUAAUUCUUCUGGUUUUAUAUUUAUAUUAAACUUUAUUUUUAGAAGCCUUUUGUGUAUUCUAUAAAUUUGUCACUCUGCAGAACUACUGAACAGCACAACUGUGGCAGUACUGUUGUAUGGUUUUUCUUUGGUUCUUAUCACCUCUCUCAUUUGGGUCACAUUCACUGUUACGCUUUGGGCUGCCAUUGUGCUUAAUGUGAAAAUAUGUGUAAUGCUUCUAGUGAAAGCUCCCAAUAAAUAAGUGUAC